GAGGCAAUGGUUCGUCGUGGGGGGAGAGCGGCGAGUGUCGCGGCUGUGGCAGGGGCGAUGGCAGGGAUAAUGCUUGUGAUCUUCGUGCUUGAGGAUGGAGGGAUGGGAACGCAACUAGAGCAGCUGAACGGAGGUCCCUUCGGUCCUGACGAUGACAAGCAAGCUUCGAUACUCAGAGCUCAAAAUGUGUUGGCCCAGGCAGCAGUGGAUAGCUUCCCAUCAACAGGGCAGGAAGGGUUUCAAGAUCCCCUCUCAUUCCAUACGGAGGUGGAUGGGCACAGCUUAGCAGCAGAGAAGGACCUUGAUGAGGACUCCAAGUUUGAAGACCAGCACACUAAAAAAGAAAUCAGCGACCUGGAGGAAUCAAAUGAUGACGCUGAGAGAUAUGCAAAUAUGAUUGCUACCGUGGAAGACGCAAAGAAUGAUCAGGACAUGGCGGAGCGAUCUGGAAGGUGGGAAGCGCAUCGUCAAUCGCUUCAGGAUGAAGUGGACUACGAAGACAAGUUGGCAAACCAGCGCGAUGACGAGGGAGACUUGUUAAAGGAGGAUAUCAAGCGGAGCACUGCAUAUGUUGAUGAGAUCGGGCAAAGGGAAGAUGGGGAGAACCGGGCUGAAGAGGCGAGAAACACACAUAACCUAGAAACAAGUCAGUCUGAACUUGCAGCUGCCAUCGUUGGAGAAUCAGAUCCUCUUGCCCCAUCAGCUGAUGAAACUGCCUUGUUGAGGCAGAAUGACAUCAGCACUGCUUGUGUGGAUGGAAUGCUGUAUGAAAGUGGCAAAUGUCCUUAGCUC